GAAAGGAUCAAUAGGCGGCGAGUUUUCGCGUUAGGGCGACACAGAAAGAAGAUUUCUUGCUAUCCGUGAGUUUUGAGAGUUUUACAGUCUUCCUCCUCAGUUCCUUUUACAUCCAUCCAGAGCACAGCUACUACUAGCUUUCUCUACAAUGGCGGAUGAUAGCUUCGCUUCCCAUAAAAGAGACCCUAUCAAGUCCUCAGUUGGGACUGUUGCGGCGCAAAAGAGGCGGCAAAAUGCGGUUACGGUGGGGAAGGAGAGGAGGGAAUCGUUGGUGCGAGCCAAGAGAUUAUGCAGAGUGGGGACUAGCGGCGAGACUGAUGUUUCUGCUGAAAACGAUAUGAUGAUUGAUGAAGAGCAGUCGAUUUUGGAGGCCCAAACUGCUUCAGCUGUAGAGGAAUUGAAGUCUGCCAUUGCUUACCAGGGAAAGGGUGCAAUGCAGAAGAGGGUGAAAGCACUUCGUGAACUGAGGCGUUUAUUGUCAAGAUCUGAGUUUCCUCCUGUUGAAGCUGCUCUUAAAUCUGGAGCUAUACCCUUACUUGUGCAGUGUCUUUCAUUUGGCUCUCCAGAUGAACAGUUGCUUGAGGCAGCCUGGUGUCUUACAAAUAUAGCAGCUGGAAAACCAGAAGAAACAAAAGCACUGUUGCCUGCAUUACCUUUGCUUGUUGCUCACCUUGGAGAAAAAAGUUCUCUCCCUGUUGCUGAGCAGUGUGCGUGGGCAUUGGGAAACGUAGCUGGUGAAGGAGAGGAGUUGAGAAAUGUUUUGCUAUCUCAAGGAGCCUUACUACCUCUUGCAAGAAUGAUGCUGCCAAACAAAGGUUCCACUGUGAGAACAGCUGCUUGGGCAUUGUCAAACCUUAUCAAGGAAGCAGCAUGGGUUCUAUCAAACAUAGCUGCUGGUUCCAUUGAGCAUAAGCAGCUGAUAUAUUCUAGUGAAGCACUGCCUUUAUUGUUACGCCUUCUUUCUCUGGCACCUUUUGAUAUAAGAAAGGAAGUGGCCUAUGUCUUGGGAAACAUCUGUGUUGCCCCAACAGAAGGUGAUGGUGGAAAGCCAAAUCUGAUUGUGGAGCACUUGGUUUCCCUUGUUCAGAAAGGGUGCCUCUCUGGUUUCAUUGAUUUGGUCAGAUCUGCUGAUACUGAGGCUGCAAGACUAGGACUUCAAUUUAUGGAGCUGGUAUUAAGGGGAAUGCCAAACGGAGAGGGUCCAAGGCUUGUUGAACGAGAAGAUGGGAUUGAUGCCAUGGAAAGAUUCCAGUUUCAUGAAAAUGAAGACUUGAGAAAUAUGGCGAACGGUUUAGUUGAUAAAUAUUUCGGCGAGGAUUACGGCCUUGACGAGUAAGGGUAGGUAAUGACUCCAGGGAUCCCACCUCCAUCCCUCCCCUCUCGCAAUCUUUCUUGGAAUUUUCUUCUCAAUCAUUUGUGGUAUGUAAAAUUGUUCUUAGAAGAAUGCUAAGGUUAUUUUCUCUAAUCCUCUUGUUUAACACUUUUUAUGUAAUUAAGAUAUGUGUAACAUAAAUUUAAUGUAUUUGA